GAAGGGACUGUCCAUAGGUUCCCCAAAUCGGUGUCUCUCUGGAAAAAGUGGAGUGUCUCUUCCAUCAGUUUUUGCAAGAAAUGUGCAAGAAGCCAUUGACAAUUAUACCUGCGAGACACUUUCAUCACUUUCUUCUAGUGGUUGUACAACACCCACAGAGUUGAAUAAUACGUGGCCUGGAAUAAACAGCUAUACUACCAGUUUGUCUACUGAAAGAAGUUCGGUUUACUCCUGGCGGGAUGAUGAAUUUGAUAAAGCCAACACACAGAAGGUCCAUCAGUUAUUUUGGGAGAUUGAUGAAAUGCUGUUUGAAGGAAAAGUGACCUCCCAAACAGAGAACCUGCAGGCAGAAUGUGCAGAUUGGGUUGAACAAUUUCCUCAUAUAAGAGUUCUAGGAAAGCAGCUCCUAGUGCCAAAGGAUGAAGGCUUUCAGCAUUUUCAGAGCAGAAAUGAUGCCCAUGUAGAUACUAAGAGUGUGCCUGGCCUCCUUGAAUGUACUGGUCAUACAAAAGACCUCUGCAUCUCAGGAUCUAAACUGAUCCCAACAGCAUUUCCAAUACAUACAUCACUGGACUCAAGUUCCACUAGGAUUUCUUCUUCAGACUCAGCCAUGUAUUCCUUCCUGGAAGAAGAAAUUUAUGAUGAGGAUGGAAAAAUAGAGGAAUAUCUUGCCUUUGACAGCAAGGAACUUGAGGAUGAGAUUUGGGAACAAAAGAAAAUGCGUCUUUCUGAGAAGAGGUGUAAGCGUGGCAUCCCCCCUGUUUCUCCCAAUGCCUGUAUCAAAGAUGCUGUUACUUCUGAAGUAUUUGAUCAUAUCUGGAGCAGUGUCAUUGGAAUAUUGGAGGAACUGAUUAAAAAAAAUUGGGAAACUAAUGUCCCAGAGUGUGACCAACAAAUAGAAAAACUGAAAACUGUUACAGAAAAACUGCCUCAUUUGCCAGUCAUUCACAUUACAGCAGAUGCUGGGACCAUUCCUCUUUCCAGAGGCUAUGAAGCACGAAGUGUAUCUUUUGGGGCUCAUUCUGUUCCAUCACAGGUUUACCGUUUCUCCAACAACUUCUGUAGUGAUCUGCAUGGUGUGAUGACAAUUCAGGCAAAGCCACUCCAACAGAGGCAUGCUACCACAGCAGAAAAAAUACAGAAUGAGCAAGAAGACAAACAGCCCAGCAUUGCCUACAGCACUCCAAAUUCAGCUCAUGAUAGACUGGGGACAACUUCUGCUAACAAUGUUCUCUCAUCGUCUCCAGUUCUGCUGGCAUCUUCUAGGAAACUACCAAGGUUACCUUCUCUCACCUCUGACCAAUCCUGUUCAGAAGUUCCUAAUAUGUACCAUGAUGAAAUCUGUAAAGGGAUGAAACUGGUUGGCAGCUGGGAUCGUUUAUCUCCUGCUCGUGCACCUGCAACCCGGAACAAGUUACCACCAAUAAACUCUGAGGUUGUGGAGCAACAUGUUUCACUACCUCGAAUGCAACAGAGCUUUCAUCAAGAACGAUGUGCUCAUAGCAGAGUGUCAAGUGCAGUAGCUGUCACAACAGAGCAACAGCCACUCAGAGAAAGAACUGUUACUGUUGAUCAAUUUUCAAGACCCAGCACAACUCAUACAUUCAGGAGAGACACACCUCAGAAGUCACUGACUUCCAUGGAUUUUGCUAACCACAGAAGAGCUGGUCAAGGAUUUUUGAUAACAGGUUCACAGAAUUACUCCAGAUCCUUUCAGAGAAAUCCUCCAACCUCAAGGAAGAAAUUUCAGAUUGCUUCAUAACCUGUUUUAGGAAGAAACAUAAACGCUCUACAUUGAAUGAAAGACUGAAGCACUAAAUUUGCCACUUAGUAUCUUGUGUAACAAAGAAGGUGUGCAUAUGCUGGUGGUGUCUGCUGAGACUUGCAAUCCUCAGGAUACCUGCAUUACCUUCUUUUAAAAUUAUUUGACCAGAGGUUAGAUUAAAAAUUAGAGUAAAAUGAAAUAAAUGGUUGAGGUGUCUUCUCUGUUUGCAGUA